CAGUCAUUAUUUUCUCACUCGUUUUCGUUUUCGUUUUCGUUUCUCUUUCUCUGUGACAAUUUUCGAGUCCUUCUAAGUUCCAAUGGCUUCUACAAAGGAUGAUAAUCAAGGUUCCUUUGGAUCAAAAAGGUUUCGAAACGACGCUUCACGUAAAGAUGGAGACUGGACCUGUCCUAAUUGUGGGAACUUAAACUUUUCUUUUAGAACUGUUUGCAACCAGGGACGCUGUGGUGCCCCAAGACCAACUGGUCCACUCCUAACUCCACUUGCCCCAAUUACAAGUCCGUAUAGAAACAGUCAUCCCUUCUACUAUGGUGGUGUAACUGGUGUUGGCAUUCCUCCUCCAUCAUAUGGAAUGAUAAGUCAGUUUGGAUCCCCGAUACCACAUGCUGGCAUGCAGUAUGAUUAUGGUCUGUAUGCUACGCCCCGUGCAACAUACAGUCCUUUGCCCAUGUUCCCACCUGGAAGCUUUGGAGGUAUUGAUUAUGGUCCACAGCCUAGAAUUGAUGGCUAUGGCUAUGGUUUUCAAAGUCCUCCAUGGGCUGAAGGGUUAGUUGUUGAUAAUUUUGCAUCUCGAAAACGCAGAGGAGGGCCAGAUGGUUUAUCUGAAGGGGACUGGAUCUGUCCAAAAUGUGACAAUGUUAACUUUGCCUUCAGAACUUUUUGCAACAUGAAACACUGUGGAGCUGCCAGACCUAUCUCAAACCAACGAAAUACAACAGUUAUUCCUGAAGGUAGUUGGACUUGUAAAAAAUGCGGCAACCUCAACUAUCCCUUUAGAAAUGUAUGCAACCGCAAAGACUGUAGAACUGAGAAAACAGUUUCUGCCUAGUCACAUCACUAUAUUUUGUAUAUACAGCCUUUACUGCAUUUGUCUCCUUUUGUAAAGGAAAGUUACUCUAAAAUGAACAUGAAAUUAGAUGGUCGUGACCUUUAAGGGAAAGGUUCCCCUACAGAUAAUUUAAGGUAAAAGUUUUCCUAUACAGAUAAUUUUUGGCUUCA